AUGAAGUCCAUCGUGUCCAUCCUGUUCUCCGCGGCCGUGGUCGCCGCCCACGGCUACGUCGAUACCGCCACCAUUGGUGGCCAGGGCUACACCUUCUACCAGCCGUACAUGGACCCUUACAUGAACCCGGCGCCCCAGCGUGUUUCCCGAGCCAUCGCCGGCAACGGCCCCGUCGAGGACCUCGACUCUAUUGAUCUUCAGUGCGGCGGAUACAGCGCCGGAGGCGUCGUCGGAUCUUCCCCGGCUCCUCUCCACGCCACGGCUGCCGCCGGAUCUACCGUCACUCUCAAGUGGACCCUGUGGCCCGACUCGCACGUUGGUCCCGUCAUCACAUACAUGGCCCGAUGCCCCGACAGCGGGUGCAACAACUGGCUUCCUGGAACUGAGAAGGUUUGGUUCAAGGUUCAAGAAGGUGGUCGUCAGGGCACCUCGAACACCUGGGCUGUUACGCCCCUCAUGAGUUCUGGUAACCCCGGUGUCCAGUACACCAUCCCCUCGUGCUUGAAGCCCGGCUACUAUAUAGUCCGUCAUGAGCUCAUCGCUCUCCACGCUUCCUACUCGUACCCCGGUGCGCAGUUCUACCCCGGCUGCCAUCAACUCCAGGUGACGGGUUCCGGAAGCAUCCAACCCUCUAGCCUAGUUGCGUUCCCCGGCGCGUAUAAGUCUACCGACCCCGGUAUCACCUAUGACGCCUACAAGGCCACGACGUACACUAUCCCGGGACCCGCAGUGUUCUCCUGCAACGGUGGUAAUGAAACCCCUGGUUCUGAUCCCGUCCCCGACCCAGACACCACCUCCCUCGCAUCCCCACCCUCUGUGCCAUCCGCUACGGCGGUAUCAUCCGUCACUGACGUGUCCAUCACUAUUCAGCCUAAUCCUACGACCUUCGCAACCGUUCCGGUACCCGCAACCACCUCAAGGGUGGAUCCUGAUGAGGAUGACGCUGGGGAAGAGGAGUGUGGAGCAGAGGAAGGCGAGGAUGAAUGUGAUGGAACCGACGACGAAGUGAUUGAAGACGGCGAGGAAGUCGAAGAAGAGGACGAGGGUGAGGAUGCGGAAGGCUGCGACGCGGAAGAAGAGGGCGAGUGCAGCGCCUCGGAAGACGACGAGGACGUCGACGAGGAUGUGGACGAGGAUGUCGAGGAGGGUGAAGAUGUGGAGGGUGUGAUGCGGACGAGGAAGAGGGCGAGUGCACUGCCUCGGAAGAAGACGCGGACGAAGAGAUAUAAGAGGAAGGAGGUACGAUUUUACAUCCUCGAGAUUGGAACCGCCAGGGGAGAGCGAGCUGGCAGCCCCCUGCUUAGCGCCGGGAACGAGGGCUGCGAUGGCGCGACGGUUGCCGCCUCUUCCCGACGCCCCCGAUCCACGUACUUGGUCGCCGGCGUAAUUUUCAUCCUCACCGCGGGUCUCGGCCUUCCCGCGCUUCCCGUGCUGCGCAUCAUGGAGGACACCAUCUGCCGACAACACCUCCAGGUGCCCGACGGCGAGCCGGUGAACGAGGGGGACUGCAAGACGCCCGAUAUCCAGGCGGAGCUAUCCAUGGUGGCGGCGAUCCUGUUCAUGCUCGAGGCAGUUCCCGGGCUGUUUCUGUCGCUACCUUAUGGCAUCCUCGGCGAUAAGAUUGGACGCCGUCCGGUUCUGGGCCUCUCCAUCGUGGGAAUGACGCUUGGCCUGGCGUGGAUCUUGUUCGUGCUAUGGAAUCCCGCCACGUUCCCCGAUGUUCGGCCGGUAUGGGCGUCGACCGCCUUUCACGCCGUCGGGGGCGGCCUCAACGUUGCCAUCGCAAUGAUCUAUUCCAUGAUUGCCGACAUGGAGCCUUCUGAGAACUUAGCCAACAGCUUCUUCAUGAACCUCGUCGCCAGCCUGAGCGCCGAACUUCUGGCUCUUAAUGGGCUUGGCCCUCCUCAUUGUCUGCGGGGUCCUCGUGGCCUUUUACCCGAGACCCUGAAGAAACGUCCGGCAACAGUGGCCGACGAAGACCCUAGCUCGGACACGACCUCGGCCGAGCUCUCCUUCAAGUCGACGCUAUCCAAGAUGAUCCGCGAGCUUCGCGACAGUACUAGCGUCCUCAAGUCCUACCCGAUCGUCGCGCUCCUCCUCACCAUGUUCUUGACCGGGUUCGUCGUGCGCGGGCUGAGCUUCGGGGCGCAGUACCUGAGCAAGACCCUGGACUGGCCGCUCGCCAAGGCCGGCAUGCUCAUGUCCUUCCAGGUCGCCAUGAAUAUCGCGCUGUACGUCGCGAUUCUUCCCGGCGCGUCCAAGUUGCUCACGGCGCCGUCCAUGCCGUUCAAGUUGGACCCGGUCGUCAAGGACCUGUGGCUGGCUAGGGUGUCCUUCGUGGCCCUGGUCUUGGGCUCGUUGCUGAUUGCGGUCCCGUCCACCGUCAGUAUCGUGGCGGGGCUGGUCAUCUUUACCUGCGGGUUGGGAUUCUCCACCCUCUGCCGCGUCGUCAUCACGUCCAUGAUUGAGCCCCAGCAGACCGGGCGUUUGUAUACCCUUAUUGGAGUCAUAGACUCCGCUAGCAAGCUCGCUGCCGGACCCGUGGUGGCCUGGCUUUUAAGAUCGGUCAUGUCCACCUUCUUGAGCCAUCUGUGUGGAUACAAGGAGGAUUAG